ACCUUCCCCUCCCCCCAGUGGCGGCCCCGCGCGCAGCGCUGCUCCCCAGCCCCCCUCCCCCUCGGAUGUGACUGGAGCUUGAGGCGCGCAGGGCCGGAGACGUCGCAGACCCGGGACCCGGAGCAGCUCAGAGGCGGUGAAUAAUAGCUCUUCAAGUCUGCAAUAAAAAAUGGCCUCCAAUAAAACUACAUUGCAAAAAAUGGGAAAGAAGCAAAAUGGAAAGAGUAAAAAAGUUGAAGAGGCAGAACCCGAAGAAUUUGUAGUAGAAAAAGUGCUGGACCGCCGUGUAGUGAACGGGAAAGUGGAGUAUUUCCUAAAGUGGAAGGGAUUUACAGAUGCAGACAAUACUUGGGAACCUGAAGAAAAUUUAGAUUGUCCAGAGUUAAUUGAAGCAUUUCUUAAUUCUCAAAAAGCUGGUAAAGAAAAAGAUGGAACAAAAAGAAAAUCUUUGUCUGACAGUGAAUCUGAUGAUAGCAAAUCAAAGAAGAAAAGAGAUGCUGCUGAUAAACCGAGAGGUUUUGCCAGAGGUCUUGAUCCAGAACGAAUAAUUGGUGCCACAGACAGCAGUGGAGAAUUAAUGUUCCUCAUGAAAUGGAAAGAUUCCGAUGAGGCAGACUUGGUACUGGCAAAAGAGGCAAAUAUGAAGUGUCCUCAAAUUGUAAUUGCUUUUUAUGAAGAGAGUCUAACUUGGCAUUCUUGUCCGGAAGAUGAGGCUCAAUAAUUGUUUGCAUUGCCUUUUAUAUAUAUUUAUAUAUAUAUAUAAAACAUGGGUCUUGGUUUUUUGAUUUAUUAGUGUGAAGAAAUAACUACAUUCUAAUGAAAAUCAGGUUUGAUUUGUUUGUUUUGAAGUAAUAUUGGGAAAGUUACAUUGGGUUUUUUGUUUUUUUUUCCAUCUGUAGCACUGGUUACUUUGAACAAAUAAAAACUUUCUGUAGUUGCCUCCUUCAGUAGGAAAUAAUUUGAUACCAUGGUAUAUUAUUUCCUCAGCAUUAGAGAACAGUUUUUCUAAAUGUUGGAGGAAAUCUCCAUAGUCAUUACUCAAUCAGAAUUUAGAAUUUAACUCAUAUAUGCCUGAGGACCAUUCUAAGUUUUUUAUAUGUAUACAUAAAAGACAUAUGUAAAUGGUUUGGGAGUUAAUUUUUUUGUUGUGGUUUUUGUUUUGGUAAAUAUAUUUAAAUCACAGCCUUUCAUAACCAUGGAUAAGCCCAUGUUCUGGAAUUACAUCAUUUUGAGCAAUAUAAGAAAUAACUUCAACUUAGAUUAAAAAUUUAAGUCUUAAUCUUUCAAAUUAAAUAAUUUUGUAAUUAAUUAGACACAUUAAGGAAUUUAAAUUGAGUAAUUUUUUAAAGCAUCCCUAUCAGAAUCUGCAUAUAAAUGCAGUUUUAUAUGCAGAAACCCUGGAAGGAAAAUUUUUAUCGCUAUCAACCACCUUCCCAAUCAAAUGAAAAAAGUAGAAAAAUUCUGGUUUGUUUUAAUAUAGCAAAGCAAAACUUAACUAAAUGGACACUUGAUGAUUCCUUCUGGUGAACCAUUGUUUUACAAGAAAUUGAAGUCUCUGUGCUGUAUUUAGGAAAGGUUGUGAUACAUGGGAUGUCUCAGAUUUGUUCAUGGAAACCUAAUCAGAUAGUUUUUAAAUAUUGGCAGUUUACGAUCUACAGGAAUAAAUGAGUGAACAAACUUUUCUAAUCUACGCUUGACCUACAUGUUUUUUCAGACUUGACUCCAAUCCAUUCCUUACAUGAAGGCUCAAUUUUCUCAGUAUUUUGGGUUACUAGUUCAGCAGAAGCCAAGAAAAACAAUAACUUUGUAGUAAUCAGAAUGUUAUUCAACUGUAUAUUGUUUACUUUAUUGUAAAUACUGGUGAACAGUGGUCAAUAAAUAGUUUUAUAUUCCUUUA